AUGGAUGUGAAGAAUGCUUUUCUACAUGGAGAUUUGAAGGAAGAAAUCUAUAUGUCCCCACCUCCCGGCAUGUUUGCUACACCUUCCUCAAAGUUUGAUUCCUCUCUUUUUCUUCGCAAGACUUCUGCAGGAAUCGUAUUGCUUCUUGUAUAUGUCGAUGACAUUCUUACUCCAACUGGUACGUUGUUACACCAGCACAAAUACACGCAGGACAUUAUUUCAUUGGGUGGUCUCCAAUCGGGUAACUUUGUUUUUACUCCCUUGGAGCUUGUUGGGAGUUUAAACUACUUGACGAUUACUCGUCCUGACAUUUCUUUUGCUGUGCAACAAGUCAGUCAAUUUAUGCGGGCUCCCCGACAUCUUCAUUUAGCCGCUGCCCGCUGCAUUCUCCGAUAUCUAAAGGGCACCGCUACACGCGGGUUGUUCUUUCAUAAAGAAUCUUCCUUACAGUUGAUGGGGUAUAGUGAUGCUGAUUGGGCCGGAUGUGCGGAUACUCGUCGCUCCGUUACCGACUGGUUCAUAUUCUUAGGCAAUGCACUCAUUUCUUAG